CUUCCCUCUCCCGAUCGCGCGAGCCUAGCCCCAUUUAGCGAAACCGCCGGCCCUAGCCCCCGCGCGUUCGCUACUUGCGGCGAACGACUCCUCGUCCCCCCGACGCCUGCAGCCCUUCCUCUCACGGAGCUCACCCGACCGACCGAAGCCCUUGCUGGCUCCCUCAGGCUCUUGCUCCCGUCGGCAACCCCGCCUACGGCAUCCUGCUUCGCGGCGCCUUCUCGCCAUUUUCGUGAUGCCCUAGAGGCCUUAGCCUCACACGCCGUCUCUCCCUAGCCCCCUCCGGGGACGCUUCAGGGGGUCCCUCACUCCGGACAGCCUCAUCUCUCUGUUCGGCAGGCCCCCCGCCCGCCUCUCUUCUUGCUGCCCGUGAGCCUUUUGCCUCUUCUCCUUCGCGGUUGGUAGCCCGAGCUGCCGGAAAACAACACCUCCUCCGGCUUCCAAUCCUUCGAAAGGUGGUACUUGAUUUCAUCUGCAACAGCAUGAUAGUUAAAUGAACGAGCCAUUAAUAUUUUAUACUUUAAAGGGUUUUGUUCAUGGAUUUGUUCAAUGAUAAACCUCCAAAAGCUGCAACAAAGCAGAAAUUAGAUGUUCUUAAGGCAGAUACAAUCACGAUAGAGAAACAAAAUACUGAUGCAUCAAAAUUCAAGUCCGGGCCAACUUCAAAAUACAACUCCGGAACUACACAAUCAACUAUGAGUUGUUCCUCUUCCCCAUCUUUUGUGAGGAAAUCCGCCAUGAUAGACAAAUCGAAUGAUAUGCGUGCUCAAUCAACAGAGCGGAGGAGGCCCAAUAAAACUUUGCUAAAAUCCUCUUCAGCCCCCUCAUCUCCAUUACGAAGACCUGCUUCGUCUUCACCGCCUGAUUCAUUGCCUUCCACACCGCCAUCCUCUGUGCUUUAUGGUAUUGUAGAUAAACCAAAUCCUCCGAGAAGAGCAUUUGGCGGACUGGCAACGGAUGGGUUAUGGCCAGCUAUGAGGAGUUUAUCUUCUUCCUUCCAUAAUGAGUCUUUUGUUCGUGUUAGCAAGAAGGAUAAACCUGUAAGUAGCACUUCCUUGGAUCAAACAUUGAAGAAUACAACCAAAGUAGUAUCCGAGAGGAAGAGAAGCCCGCUUACAAGGAGGAACACGUCGGAACAAUCAGAAAAUUCAAGGGUAGUUGAUCAAUAUAGAUGGCCGGCUAUGAAUGGAGGAAAGGUGUCUACAAUGGCAUUCUCUAGGAGCAUGAACUUGAUUGAUAGAAUUGAAAAAGCUGCUUUGUUAAUGCUUCAAUCACGUGGACUUUCGCCUGCUAGGAGAAUUCAAGUAAGUGAUAGAAUUGGUAAAGGCCUCCAUAAAUCAUUGAAUAAAGUUGUAAAUCUGACUUCGCCUCAUGUGGAAGAAGAAGAAGAUGCUCUUCCUUCCACAAACCCUACUAGGACUUCAUCCUUACCUACGGCUGCCAUGCGCCACACUGCUUCAUCUAAUAAUGCUUCAACACCAUCAUCUUUGAUUCUUAGGCAUACUUUAGAUAAAAGAAAAGGAAUAAAGGGUGCAGAUAUUGAAGACAUUCAUCAACUUCGAUUGCUACAUAAUAGGGAAGUGCAAUGGCGCUUUGUUAAUUCUCAGGCGGAAGUUGCCUUAGCAUCCCAGAAGAUAGCAGCAGAGAACAUGUUUAACAAUUUGUGGAAUGUUACCUCUGAGCUAAGAGAUUCUGUAACCAUGGAAAUGAUCAAUGUUGAAAGCCUUGAGCGAAAAAUAAAGUUGGAAGCAUUUCUCAAGGAGCAGGCACCUUAUCUCGAGGAUUGGAUUGUACUGGAAGGAGAAUAUUCUACCUCUUUAUAUGGGACAAUUGAAGCUCUUCGAGUAAACAUGCUUCGUCUACCAGUUAUCGGUGGUGCAAGGGUUGAUAUACGAGCAGUAAGAAAUGCUAUUAGCUCAUCCAUUGAUAUUAUGCAAGCAAUGGGUUCUUCUGUUUGUAGUUUGCGAUCCAGGGUUGAAGGGACAAAACGCCUUCUUUGUCAGCUUUCUGCCUUAGCAGCAGAAGAGAAGGCAAUGCUUGAUGAAUGUAGAGUUUUAUUAGCAGCAACAGUUGGAAUGCAGGUAGAAGAAUGCAGCCUCAGAGCACAUAUCCUACAACAACUUAGACAGGAAAUGCAUGCGUUGGGAUUAGGGCUGUGAAUUUAGCUCGAAGAUCGUUAAUCUCCUGAAAGUUGAUUUGAAUUUUAGCACGACCGGGAUCGGAUCGAAAAAAAAAUGAGCUGGGCUAUGAGCUAAAAUUUUGGAUUUAGCCAAUUUCGCGAAAACUCUCUAGAUUGGCUCGUAGUAAUUU